CCUUACAGCAAGCAGAGGCGGCACAACAGUUAGCCACAACCACUCGGCGGUCUGCAUGGUAGUGAUGGAUACGAGCUAACUACCCGUAGUUAUUUGCUCGGAAUACGCGUUUAAGUUGUCAACCACAUCGCCAGGAAUCACUUCUACCGCCGACCCGAAUAUUUGGGUGUUUUCCGGCUUGUCGGAUAAUUUGUAGGUCACUAUGGGUGGGCUGGGGAACGGCCGUCGUGGAGGUAGAUCACCUCCUCUGAUGAUCGCGGCCCUAAUCGCUUGUAUCCUGGUUCUGGGGUUUAACUACUGGGUGUCCAGCUCCCGCAGCCUGGAGCUACAGACUAAGCUGUAUGAACUGGAGGGCCAGGUACGACGUGGUGCAGCGGAGCGAGGCGUGGUAGAGAUGAAGAAGAAUGAGUUCCAGGGAGAGAUCCAGAGACAGAAGGAGCAGAUCAGCCACAUUGAAAGCUUCUACAAGAAACAGCUGGAAGAAGCCCAGAGCACCUGCAGCCAAGACAAGAUGACACUCCAGCUGAACAUUUCCUCCAGUGCCAAAGCCAUACAGGAACUCAAAGGUCAACUGAAUCAGCUGAGCGAUGACUUGGGGAGGGUUCAGAAGGAGCUGCAGAGUUGCCAGGGCAACAUCAACACCCUAAACAAUAAACUAACUUAUGACAUGACCAGUUGUCACUCGCAAGUGUUGUCCCAGAAGGAGCAAUGUGAUGAGAGAGUGGCGGCUGCUAAACUUGAAGUUCAGAAGAAAAUGGAGAAGCUCAUCCCUGUUCCAGGCGUCUCCUCACAGCAGGAAAACAAAGGGGAUGGAGCAGUUAAAGACGACAAACCAGUCAAGACUGACUCGGACAGAGCUCCAGCAGCAACUGUUGUAAGCCACACACCGAUCCUCACUCAUUCCAAAGAGACUGAACCCCCAGAACUGCUGACCAACGAGAUCACCGUGGACAGAGCUCCCAGUGCCCCGGUGGAACUGUUACCAGCCAAGGAUUUCUCCAAAACAGAGUCUCCCACAGCUGCUGCAGUGAAGCAGGACGUGGUGGAGCCACAAGAGGGCGCUAUCAAAACAGACGAGGUUGAGACAGAGACCAGCAAACUACUGAAGAAUAACCUGACUGAGAACAAAGGGAUUGAGUUGAUGGAUGCUCAGGAGGACGGUGUUCAGACUGAAGAGGCAGACCCUGGGAUGGAAGGCAUGCUGAUUGGUCGGGGGAAGGCAGAUGAUAAUGUUGGUCUGAAGCUUGACGAACCAGAUGAAUAUGAUGCAGAUGAGCAAGUAGUGGGCGGAGUUGAUCUGGAGAAACAACAGCAGAGUAAACGGGCUGAAAAUAUAGACAUGGAGGAGGACCUGGCUGACUAUAACGGGGACGAUGAGAAUGAAGGAGAGUUUGAAGCAGAUAAACAGGCUGAGCUCGCUCAAAUCUAAGGGCUGAAGUUGGAGAAGGAUCUUGCGCAGCGCAUUAGUCAACAACACCUGUGUUACACAACAGCAACGUACAGGUUAAUGCAACCAGUAUAACACACUGAACACAGAAUAGAAUCGGACAGAAUUUUCUAUAUGAACAGGAUUUCAGUGUUAGGUCCCUGUUAAUACCUUACUUCAUAUUUUCAAUUGAAACUGUUUUUUUUUUUUUAUCAUCUUAUCACAAUCACAACUUUUGAAGACUUGACACCACAAAAAUGAAAUCAGUAGAGGAUCUGUUGGCAUCUUAUAUUAAGCUGUUAAGUGUCUCGUAAGUCUCUCCUAGAAAUGAUUUUGACGUCGGGUCAGUGGUCCUGAUCUGUUAAAAGUCAGAUUAAGUUUUCCACAACUGCAUAAAUCGAAAAGUGCUGUGAUUCUUGUUGGUGUUAAGUCCAACUGUGAUACUAUUAAACGUAGCCAGUAAGAAAAAUUAGAGCAGACGCACUGAAUCCAUGCUGCCAAACGUGAUGUAAAAGCUAAGGCUGGCUUAAUAUACGUAACUAAGUCAUCUUCUAGGGCAUCAUUAAUUCAUUCAUAUCGGAAUCAUGUGUCGAUUUCUUUUUUUUAAUUAUUAUUUUAUGGCAGCAACAUUUUUAUUUUGAGCUCCGAUCACAAGGUUAAAUAUUGAACAUAUUUGGGGUUAAAUUGUUUUAAUUUAUAACGAGAGUAAUGUCUGGAAAAGCUGGGAUAAUGUUCAUAAUGGUCACCAGUCUUGGUGUAUUUGGACACAUGCCUUAUUAAUUGUGUAGACACCAGUCCUCCCUGGCCGAGGGAGGCGCUGUGGAGGUCGGACAUGGGGAGGAGUUUAGAUUUUACUUUGUGAAUACUGUCUCCAGUCUGCUGAAUGUGUGUGUGUAUGUGUUUGUGGAGGGUGAUUUCUCAGAAUUGCUGUAACAUUAUGAAGAACAUUUCACGCUAGUAGGCGUUGACUGCUCAACUGUUUCGUGUCAUUCUGUUCAAAUGAAAGCUGCGUUAAACUGGAAAAUGUUAGUGUGAGGAACUAAUACUAAGAAUGAGAAAUAAUAAGAAUAGAAAAUAAAUGUUAGUUCAGUUUAGAUAUAGAGUUGCCUUUGGUUUUAGACUGAACAGAAGAAUUGUUGAGAAGACACUCGGCUUCAGUUGCAAUCGCCAUCAUUUUCAUAAUAAUUUAGGUAUCAGCAAUAGUUUUUUUUUAAUGCUGUUAUUUGCUUAUCUGGAGUUUUUCUUUGUUGCUGCUCGUUGGCAUACAGUGCGUGCAUUGUUACUGUGUCUCUGAACCAGCCUGGUGACCGAAAAACGCUCCUGUUCUGGAGGCUGCCCCCACAAAAUAACACAUUACGUUAAAAUAAUAAACUAAAUCAUGAUAUGUGAGCACUUCAGCCGAGAAGCACAUGCAGAAUAUGGAGCCUUUGUGUGCGAUGUGUCUUUCUUUUCUCCAACAUUGAAACCCAAACUGUAAGAACUAGCGGUAACAACAUUUCAGACCUUUGUCAACUACUUUUCUUUAUUGACAAACACAUAUUUUACAAAUGUGGAACUUUCUCAGAGCGGCUCCCCAAGUAGUAAUAAGUAAACUUUUUUUUUUAAUUAAUAUUUAUGCUGUUUUUCUUUCUGUUCCUGUACCUUUUGCCUCAGAGUAACCAAACAAAUACUGAACAGGAGUGCUAAUGAAGGAUUGUUGCUCCGUGACAACUUACACAGAAGGAGAAACUCUUUGUACAUAUGCAAAACAUAUCGGCAUGUAUCAGUCCUACACUGAAGGACUGGACACAAACCCUUUCGUCUGCCUCUUUGUCUCGCCCAACCUUUUGCACAGGGAAUGUUACUUAUUGUUAUUAUCAUUUUUUUUUUUUUUUUUUAAA